UAAAAGAAAGCAAAUGCUUGAAUAAUCUAAGAAAAGAAAUGUAAACGUAAAUGAAUUAUAUAAAAAUUAGUUUGGUAAAAACGCUUACAUUUUAAGACCAGUAUUACACGCAAUUGAUCGCAGGCAAGGUUACAUCGAUGGCCAAGAAAUAAAAGUCAAUUUUUAUUUUUAUCAUUGUGAAGAUCAAGUAAAAUUCCUAAAACAAAAGAUCAAUUAAGUGCAUUUUCCCCUACGAAUAAAGACUUAAUUUAAAAUAAAAGUGAAAAAAAAAUAAAAAAAAAAAAUAAAAAAAACCAGAAAAACAAAUCAGAAUAUGCAUUUGCUAUUAAAGAAACAAGAAGAACAACGAUAGCAUGACACGAGACGGUGAAAUACCAGCUAUUUUUAAUCCGAAGACUCAUCGGGUACGUACACCUUCCGUGGUGGUUACCGGUGAUUCUCCGAACGGUCCUUACGACGGUGGUUUUACCAACAUUCUAAACACAAGUAAUCCUCAGAUAACCCACCAAGACUCGGUGUCGUCGAGUCAACAAGAUCCCAAUGAAGUUAUUACCAUACAUCCCGAUACAUGUCCUACUGCGGCAACGGCAGCUGCCGCACGAACCGCAGUUGGUGGCAGUACUGUCACUACCAAUGUCCCUAAUGCUGCCAACGACAAUGACUCAUCCAAUAAUGAGCUUGGAGUGAACGAAACCGCGCAUAUAACACGUUUCCCCCGCCUAAAAGCAUGCAAAGAAAGUUGUUGUUCCGAACUAGCGCAGAAAAUGUAUUUUGGAGUUUGCGUUACAAUAUUGGUAACAGCGUCAUGGGUGGGUGCAACGCAUUGCAUUAAGUUUUUAUAUUUAAAUCGCAGUUCUUAUAUGCUCGAUAAUAUCGACGACAUCGAUAAGUCAACGGAUGAUUUAGUUAAUAUAAUGGGUGAUGACGAUGACGCUCUAUUGCCGAUAAGCGAUAAUUCAUUGGGUGUCGUGGCCGAUGUUGAAGACGCUACAAAAAUCUUCCAUAUACCGGAACCGGCUGUACAAACAAACGUCUUUCGUGCCCCGUUUUUCGCUGCUUGGUUUUUUACAAACUUUUCAUUCUUAUUCUUUCCGAUUUACGUACUAGGGAGAGUUUCGUUAAGAAAAUGUGAUAAACCCGGUGAAAUAUUAGGCGACGUUUUACGAGGUUUUCGUGAUCGUGGUUUCACUGUAGGUCGUUUCCUUAAUCGCUGCCUGUCGUUUUGUGUGCUGUGGCUUUUGACCACUUAUUUAUAUACAUUAUCACUGCGUGCUUUAUUUGCCACCGACGCUAUGGCAUUGUUUGCCACCAAUGUUGCCUGUGUCUAUUUACUAUCUUGGGUUAUUUUGCAUGAGCAAUUUGUGGGAGUGCGGAUUGUUGCGGUUAUAUUAUGUGACACUGGCAUCGCGUUGCUAGCCUAUAUGGACGGUAUUACUGAGAGCGAAACAUUAAGCGGCGUAGUAUUGGCUACGUUAGCGGCUGCUUGCUAUGCGGUAUUCCGGGUGAUGUUUCGCAAAGUGAUGGGCGAUCCACCAGUGGGCCAGAUUGCGUUCACAUUUACUACAUUGGGAUUUUUAAAUGCAUUGCUCAUAUGGCCUGUUUGUGUGGCCUUGUAUUUUACCGGCACAGAAUCUAUGCCCUCAGAUCGUAUGCCCUGGAUAAUAUUAUUGAUUGCUAGCAUUCUGCUACUAGUCUUUCAUAUAUUAAUGCAAUUUAGUUCUGCUGUUACCUAUAAUAUGUUUGUUACGUUAGGUUUAAUUACGGCAGUACCAGUUUCGGGAGCUUUGGAUGUAGUUCUAUAUGGUGCGACAUUCGCUGGCAUGAAACUGGCUGGUGUCAUACUAAUAGCGGUGGGUUUCUUUUUGGUUAUGUUCCCAGAGAAUUGGCCCGACUACAUAACACGGCUAUUAAGAAAAAGUGGUCGUGCUAUACUACGUUACCAGUGUUGUUGUGAAUUAGCUGAUAUUCAUUAUAAUCACUCGAAAUAUCAUCUUGUUGGGUCACAAUGCGAGAUGGGGUCGAGGUCCUCGCCACGGUUCGUUAGCCGGUCAGCAUCCCACCAUUAUCGAUUAUCGGACGGGAUACAUAAGGUCCCAUCUACGGUCACCCUCUGGCCGUGUGAGAUGACUGAUUUAUCGCCAACUGGUUUUUUACAUCACAGCAAUCAUCAUAAACAAAAUCAACAGCAACAGCAACAACAACAGCAACAACAAUUACUACAAUACCAUUCAUCACCACGACAACGACAAUCAAGUCAAUCUUUAUCAUCACUCGGUGGCCAUCAUUGCUCAAGUACACCCAGUAGUACUGGUGUUCGUCCUCCACCUGUCGGCAGUGGUGGUGGACGCUUGUUUUCAUACUUUGGCAGCGAUCAUGAACAUGAACGCAAAAAGUCGGAAACCUCAUUCUUCAAUUUGGGAUUUCGUCGUAAAUCAACUGUCGUUUAUUACGCGGCCACCGAUUAA